CCCCAAUGGCUUAUCCGUAGCGAUUUAGCGCCCUUUCCUUCAUGUCCACCGUCAUACGCCCUCACCUCCUUCGCCUCCCGCCGACGACAAUUUCUCCGCCGCAACUGUCACCGUCUCCGUCUCUCUCUACUCUUUCUCUCUCUGGAAAACCCCAACGCUUCUUCCCCGUCUUCUCUCUUCCCACGUCUCUCUCUCUUUCGCCAGUUGCCCUCCGUCACUCUCAUUCUUCUUCUUCUUCGUCUUUGUUUGAGAGGUCGAAUCCGGAGGACGUAGAAUCUCUGAUUGAUGGGCUUUUCUAUCUGCUUCGCCUGUCCGUACAGUACCAUGACCCCGAGCUCGCGAAAGCCGUGCACGGUUCGUUUCUCAAGCUCCAGGAAGAAAAUACGCGACUGGGCAAUGCCCUAAUCUCCGCGUAUCUCAAGCUGGGUUUCCUUCGAGAUGCGUUUCUCGUCUUCACAUCGUUAUCUUCACCGAGUGUGGUGUCUUACACAUCUCUCAUCUCGGGUUUCGCAAGAUUGAAUCGGGAAAUCGAGGCUUUUAAGCUCUUCUUCGGGAUGAGACGUGAAGGUGUCCAACCCAACGAGUAUACCUUCGUCGCGAUUUUGACUACUUGCGUGAGAAUUUCGCGGUUUUCACUCGGUUUGCAAAUACAUGGUCUGAUAGUCAAGUCAGGGUAUUUCCAUUCUGUGUAUGUUGGGAAUGCGCUGAUGGACAUGUACAGUAAGCUUUCUGGGUUUUUAAGUGAUGUGCUUCGCUUGUUCGAUGAAAUGCCUCACAGAGAUAUGGUUUCAUGGAAUACGGUGAUUUCAAGUUUGGUGAGAGAGGGACUGUAUGAGGAAGCUUUUGAUUUAUUCUACGCUAUGGAUCCAAAAGAAGCGAUUUUGGUUGAUUCAUUUACGGUUUCGACGCUUCUUACUGCCUCCACUGAUACUGGUGAGUCCAGGAGAGGCAAAGAACUUCAUGGUCGUGCUGUGAGAAUCGGGCUGAAGGAGGAUUUGAGUGUGAACAAUGCCCUUAUAGGGUUUUACACGAAAUGCGGGGAUAUAAAAAAGGUGGAGAAUUUGUUUCAGAUGAUGCCGGUGAGAGACGUGGUUACUUGGACUGAGAUGAUCACAGCUUACAUGGCAUUUGGCAUUGUGGAUAUGGCUCUCGAGAUGUUCGAGAGCAUGCCUGAGAGGAAUGGUGUUUCCUACAACGCCCUCUUGGCCGGGUUCUGUAGAAAUGGAGAUGGUUUGAAGGCUCUGAAGUUAUUCGUCGAAAUGGUGCAAGGUGGUUUGGGAAUGACAGAUUUCGGUUUGACCAGCGCUGUGGAUGCUUGUGGGUUAGUGACAGAAAAGAAAACAAGCGAGCAGGUUCAUGGGUUUUGUAUAAAAUCUGGUUUUGCUUCAAACCCUUUUAUCAACACAGCUUUGCUUGAUAUGUGCACAAGGUGCGGAAGAAUGGCGGAUGCUGAGAAGAUGUUUAGCCAAUGGCCCUCUGAUCUCGAUAGCUUGAAGGUAACCACGUCGAUGCUUUGUGGGUAUGCUCGGAAUGGCUUACCUGAAAAGGCUUUAUCAUUUUUCCUUCACACUAUGUGUAAUGAAGAGCUGGUUCUGGAUGAAGUUUCAUUGACUUCAAUUCUUGCUGUCUGUGGGACAUUAGGUUUUCUGGAAAUGGGUUGCCAAAUCCAUUGUUACGCGCUGAAAACCGGGCAUACAUCUGAUAUAGUGUUGGGAAAUUCUUUGAUUGGUAUGUACUCAAAGUGCUACAACUCCGACGAUGCCAUCAGGGUCUUUAAUGGUAUUCCAAGACACAAUGUUGUUUCAUGGAACAGUUUAAUCUCGGCCUAUGUCCUUCAAAGAGAUGGUGACAAGGGGCUGGAUUCAUGGUCAAGAAUGAAAAGGGAAGGUGUUAAGCCCGACACUGUCACCCUCGUUCUCGUUAUUUCUGCGUAUCGGUAUACGGAAUCAAAUUUGGUCAGUAGCUGCCGUGAUCUAUUCCUCUCCAUGAAAACCACUUACAGCAUUGAACCGACUUCUGAACACUACACUGCAUUCGUCGGCGUUCUGGGUCAUUGGGGUUUUCUUGAAGAAGCUGAAGAAACAAUAAAAUCGAUGCCUUUCGAGCCCGAGGUUUCUGUCCUGAAAGCUCUGCUCGAUAGCUGCAGAGUCCAUUCGAACACAAGCAUCGCAAAACGUGUGGCAAACCUUAUGCUAUCCAUGGAACCACAUGAUCCAUCAGGCUACAUCCUGAAAUCAAACAUCUACUCAGCUUCUGGCCUCUGGCAUCAAGCCGAGAUGGUCAGAGAGAAAAUGCGCGAGAAGGGCUUCCGGAAACAUCCAUCCAGAAGCUGGAUAAUCCAUCAGAACAAGGUGCAUUCCUUUUACGCUCGUGACAAAUCCCAUCCGCAGGAGAAAGACAUAUACAGAGGUUUGGAGAUACUGAUAAUGGAAUGUCUGAAAGCCGGGUACGAACCAGACACAGGGUUCGUUCUCCAUGAGGUGGAAGAGCACCAGAAGAAGAGCUUCUUGUUCUACCACAGCGCAAAAAUGGCGGCUACUUACGGGAUCCUAACGAGCAGCCGAGGAAAACCUGUUCGGGUAGUGAAGAACGUGAUGCUGUGUGGGGAUUGUCACGAGUUCUUGAAAUACGUCUCGGUUGUAACGAAGAGAGAGAUAGUUGUGAGGGACUCUUCAGGGUUUCAUCAUUUAGUGAGUGGCAAGUGUUCGUGUAGAGAUCUCUGGUGACCUAAAAGAGAAGUGAUCUCUGAGAGGUUCUGUAAGAAAUUUGUCAUUGUAAGUAAAAAUGUGCGUUUGCGUUUGAGUUU